AUGCUGACGAUGCUAUUGAACCAUCUAGAUUUAUUCAUUAUGGGCAUACUGCGAAUUACAAUAAAAUUUAUUUUUUGGGAGGAGUCAAUCGCUACAAUAGUACUUCGGCUGCUUUUUUUACACUUGAAAUAUCAAACUCGCUGAAUAUAACAGCUCCAAAAUCUGAACAGCAAAUACUCAAUCAUACUCUUUCCAAUGAAGCUUUGAUGGCACCACGACUUGAUGGUCUACCAGAACUUGAUAUUCCACAAGCAAGUAUUAUGAAUGCUAUAAUCGAUUCAUCUGGAAGCAUUUAUGUUUUCGGCAUAUUUACUCGGCUACAACCUCAAUUACAACCAUUCAUUCAACCUCAAUCACAGCCAUCCAUUCAAUCUCGAUCACAACCAUUCAUUCAACCUCAAUCACGACCAUCAAUUCAACCUCAAACUCAAUCAUCCUUUCUGCCAUCAUCCACCACAAACAUCCAUUCAAUCACAAACAUUCACUCACCCUGA